AUGGCUCGAUUUGUGGGAAGAUCCGAUUCAACCAACCAACAUAUAGUUGUCUUUUGGAGGCGUAUAUGUGAGAACUUUUUCGCCACAUUGGGUCGUGGUGAAUAUCGUACGUUCAAUUCGUUUUCGGACAAGUGGAUCGUAAUAUGCACCAAGAUUAACAACUUCAACAACAUAUACAAUAGCCACGCCAACAAUCACACAAGAAGAAGCGGUUCAAGUGACGUGGACAUCAUGAUCGCCGCCCACAACGAAUAUAGAUCGUAUCAUAGGCAUCCGUUUACGAUGAUACUUUCGUGGGAGCUUCUUCGCAAAUCUCCAAAGGGGCAUCUUGUACCACCGUUUAACCCAACGACCCAUAUGCCAAAAUGGUCCAAAUCAACAACGACUAGCGAACCAUCAGAGUUCGAUGUUCGUACCACUAUUAACUUAAACGACGAGUUGGAUGAAUUGCAUUUCGAGGAACCGCAAGAGCUGCCACGACCAAAGGGUAGGGAUAGAAGAAAGACAGCGGCACGAGCAUGA